CAAACACUGGACCCCCCCUCACCACCACCACCACCACCACCACCACCAAAAAGAGGGGAAAUCUUUGGGAAUUAUUCUUCAAAAAGGACAAAAGACAGGAUUAGAGAAUCACCUUCCCAUUUAUUUUUCUUUUUUUUUCUCCAACUCACAAUCAACCAUUUGUCAACUCUGGGGGCCACUAACACAAGGUAACACAGAGACAUUUAAGAAAGCAGAAGGAAGGAGACCUCACGGAGCGUGUUGAAAGGACUUUCAAUCACGUCUGUGUGACCAUGAGGCUCCUUUAAACGUGGCCUUUAAAUGGGACCUUAAUUAAGGAUUUUAAGGAAGCGUUUAAGGUGUUGUUUCAAAGAUCAACGCUGAAAAUUAAGACACCGAACCACAGAGCUGAUGGAAGCGAGACCCCUGAAGGUUUGUGAUCAAUGAUGAAAGUUUCACGCCCCUCUGUGCCCGCACGUCUGAAUCUCUGCCCCAGCCCUCACAUGGUGACGUCUGAUGUCCUGGAAUCAACACGAAGCUGAACCAUGGUCAUUCUGCAGCAGGGGGACUAUGUGUGGUUGGACCUUAAAACGGGCCGGGAGUUUGACGUCCCUGUGGGAGCUGUGGUCAAACUGUGUGACUCGGGACAGAUCCAGGUUCUGGACGAUGAAGGCCGGGAACACUGGAUCUCCCCCCAAAAUGCCACCAACAUCAAGCCCAUGCACCCGACCUCCAUCCACGGCGUGGAGGACAUGAUCCGUCUGGGCGACCUCAACGAAGCCGGCAUCCUCCGCAACCUGCUCAUCCGCUACAAUGAGCGCGUCAUCUAUACAUACACAGGCUCCAUCCUAGUUGCCGUCAAUCCAUACCAGUUGCUCCCCAUCUACACUCCAGACCAGAUCCGCCUCUACACCAACAAGAAGAUCGGCGAGUUGCCGCCGCACAUAUUCGCCAUAGCAGACAACUGUUACUUCAACAUGCAGCGGACCAACAAGGACCAGUGCUGCAUCAUCAGCGGCGAGUCUGGAGCUGGGAAGACUGAAAGCACAAAGCUGAUUCUGCAGUUUCUUGCGGCCAUCAGCGGUCAACACUCCUGGAUAGAGCAGCAGGUCCUGGAAGCAACGCCCAUCCUUGAAGCCUUUGGAAACGCCAAGACCAUUCGCAAUGACAACUCCAGUCGCUUUGGGAAGUACGUAGAUAUCCACUUCAAUAAGAGAGGCGCCAUCGAAGGAGCCAAAAUAGAGCAGUACCUGCUGGAGAAGUCUCGGGUGUGUCGACAGGCUCCAGAUGAGAGGAACUACCAUGUUUUCUACUGUAUGUUGAAAGGCAUGGCUCCAGAGAUGAAGGCUAAACUCGGCCUGGGCCUCGCCACAGACUACUCCUACCUCACCAUGGGUAACUGUACAGAGUGUGACGGCCGUGACGACCUGAGCGAUUAUUCCAGCAUCCUGUCAGCCAUGAAGGUCCUCAUGUUCACAGAGACAGAGAACUGGGAGAUUUCCAAGCUGCUGGCCGCCAUUUUGCACAUGGGCAACCUGCGAUUUGAAGCUCGUACGUAUGACAACCUGGACGCCUGUGUGGUUGUGAGAUCUCCCGAUCUAACGACUGCUGCUUCGCUCAUGGAGGUGGAUCCGAAAGAUGUGAUGGUGUGCUUGACCACGCGAACCCUCAUCACCCGUGGCGAAAGCGUGGCCACCCCUCUCAGUGUAGCGCAAAGCCUGGACGUCAGGGAUGCUUUUGUCAAGGGGAUCUACGGGAGGCUUUUCGUCUGGAUCGUGGAUAAGAUUAAUGCUGCCAUAUACCGGCCUCCUUCCUGUGAGAGUAAGAUCAUACAAAGGUCAAUCGGGCUGCUGGACAUCUUCGGCUUCGAGAACUUCAUCGUCAACAGUUUCGAGCAGCUUUGCAUCAACUUCGCCAACGAGAACCUGCAGCAGUUCUUCGUCCGUCACGUCUUCAAACUGGAGCAGGAGGAGUACAACCUGGAGGACAUCAGCUGGCAGCACAUCGAGUUCACGGACAACCAGGACGCGCUGGACAUGAUCGCCAACAAACCCAUGAACAUCAUCUCCCUCAUUGACGAAGAGAGCAAGUUCCCUAAGGGGACAGAUGCUACGAUGCUUUAUAAGCUCAACUCACAGCACAAACUCAACUGCAACUACAUCCCUCCUAAGAACAGCUAUGAAACCCAGUUUGGCAUCCAACACUUUGCUGGAGUGGUGCAUUAUGAGACCAGAGGAUUCCUGGAGAAAAACCGAGACAGCCUCCACACCGACAUCAUCCAGCUCGUCCACUCGUCCAGGAACAAGUUCAUCAAGCAGAUCUUCCAGGCUGACGUGGCCAUGUUUCUGUGUGGCUAUCAGCAGCCCAGCACCCCCACUCCCAAGGGUGUUGAGACAAGGAAGCGCUCUCCCACCCUGAGCAGCCAGUUCAAACGUUCCCUGGAGAUGCUGAUGAGGACGCUGAGCGUGUGUCAGCCUUUCUUCGUUCGCUGCAUCAAACCCAACGAGCUUAAAAAGCCCAUGUUAUUUGACAGGGAGCUGUGCAUACGUCAGCUGCGAUACUCUGGCAUGAUGGAGACGAUCCGGAUCAGACGGGCGGGUUAUCCCAUUAGAUACAGCUUUGGCGAAUUUGUGGAGCGCUACCGUGUCCUAAUGCCUGGCGUCAAACCCGCUCACAUACAGGAGGACCUCCGUGGGACGUGCCAACAGAUAGUCCAGGCCCGGUUGGGGAAACAUGAUGACUGGCAGAUCGGAAAGACCAAGAUUUUCUUGAAGGAUCAUCACGACAUGCAGCUGGAGAUCGAGAGGGACCAGGCCAUUACAGACAAGGUCAUCCUCAUCCAGAAGGCUGUGCGUGGACUCAAAGAAAGGACAAACUUCCUCAGACUGAAAAGUGCUGUGACUUUUAUUCAAAAGGUCUGGAGGGGUUAUAGAUGCAGGAAGAGCUACCAAAUUAUGCAGUCGGGCUUCUUGCGUCUGCAGGCGGUCUACAGGUCUAGGAAGCACUACAGAAGCUACCAGAUGACUCGCCUCCGUGUCACUCUCAUCCAGGCCCGUUGCCGUGGCUUCCUCAUCCGGCAGACAUUUUGGCGGCGUCUGCGUGCCGUGUUGACCAUCCAGGCCUACACCAGGGGCAUGAUAGCCAGACGCCUCUGCCAGAGGCUCAGGGUAGAGCUGCAGCAUCGUCUGGAGGCCGAGCGCCAGCGCCUGACCGAGGAGGAGCAGCUCCGAAACCAGAUGACGGCUCGGCGCGCCAAGGCGGAGGCUGAGAGGAAACACCAGGAGCGGCUCAUCCAACUGGCCCAGCAGCAGGAGGAGAGGGAAAGGGAGGAGAAGGAGGAGGCAAGGAGGAAGAAGGAGCUGCUGGAGCAGAUGGAGAGGGAGAAGGAGCAGCCCGUCGACCACUCGGACAUGGUCGACCGCAUGUUUGGUUUCCUGGGGAACUCCGGGCCGUUACCCAACCAGGAUGGACAAGCCCCCACUGGGUUUGAGGACUUGGAAGGUACACCGUGCACUGACGAGGCUGAAGAGGAGGUGCUGAACGAAGCGCCACCAUUGCCCGACGAUGAGGAGGAGGAUUUGUCCGAGUACAAGUUCUCCAAGUUCGCAGCCACCUACUUCCAGGGCGUUUCCACUCACACGUACAUCAGACGGCCGCUGAAGCAACCUCUGCUGUUUCACGAGGACGAAGGAGACCAGCUGGCAGCUUUAGCAGUGUGGAUCACUGUGUUGAGGUUCAUGGGGGACCUCCCAGAACCGAAAUGUCAGCUGGUCCUCAAUGAUGGCAGUGAAAAGAUCCCCGUCAUGACCAAGAUCUACGAAACCUUGGGCAAGAGGACCUACAAGAGGGAGCUGCAGGAGCUGCAGGUGGAAGGAGAGAACAGCUCCAUAGACAGCCAGAAGAGGAACAGUGUCAGACAUAAACUUGUAUCGCUCACCCUGAAGAGGAAAUCCAAGAUCACAGAGGAGGUCACCAGACGACUAACCGAAGGAGACUACGGCCUUCAGGGGAACAGCAUGCUGGAGGAUCGACCCACCUCCAAUCUAGAAAAACUUCAUUUCAUCAUCGGCAACGGCAUCUUACGGCCCACCCUCAGGGACGAGAUCUACUGUCAGAUCUGCAAACAACUCUCUCAGAACUCGUCCAAAAGCAGCCACGCCCGUGGAUGGAUCCUGCUUUCUCUCUGUGUGGGCUGCUUCGCCCCCUCUGAAAAGUUUGUUAAGUAUUUACGGACAUUUCUGAACAACGGUCCACCUGGUUACGCUCCGUACUGUGAGGAAAGGUUGAGGAGGACAUUCGUCAACCGCACGAGGACUCAGCCGCCAUCUUGGUUGGAACUGCAGGCCACCAAGUCCAAGAAGCCCAUCAUGCUGCCAGUCACGUUCAUGGACGGAACCACAAAGACCCUCCUGGCAGACUCGGCCACCACGGCCAGCGAGCUGUGCAACGCCUUGGCCGACAAGAUCAACCUGAGAGAUCGCUUCGGCUUCUCGCUGUACAUCGCUCUGUUUGACAAGGUGUCAUCGUUGGGCAGCGGUAGUGACCACGUCAUGGACGCUGUCUCGCAGUGUGAGCAGUAUGCGAAGGAGCAGGGCGCCCAGGAGAGGAACGCCCCCUGGAGGCUGUUCUUCAGGAAGGAGAUCUUUAACCCCUGGCACAACCCAGCCGAGGAUUACGUAGCCACAAACCUCAUUUACCAGCAGAUAGUCCGAGGGGUGAAAUUUGGAGAGUACCGCUGUGAGCGGGAGGAGGACCUAGCAGAGCUGGCCUCUCAGCAGUACUACGUGGAUUAUGGCUCGGAGAUCCUCCAGGAUCGUCUGCUCAGCCUCAUCCCGUCCUACAUCCCCGACAGGGAAAUCACCUCAACCAAGACUGCAGAGAAAUGGGUUCAGCUCAUCAUCAACGCCCACAAAAAGGGAUUGCAAACUAAGAGGAGGCUGAACACACAGAAGGUGAAGGAGGAUGUGGUGGAUUUCGCUCGUUUAAAGUGGCCUUUACUCUUCUCACGCUUCUACGAGGCCUUCAAAUUCUCAGGUCCCAGUCUGCCCAAGAAUGACGUGAUUGUGGCGGUGAACUGGACCGGGGUUUACUUUGUGGACGAACAGGAGCAGGUGCUUCUGGAGCUUUCUUUUCCGGAGAUCACUGCUGUGUCCAGUAGCAGAGGGGGUAAACUCCAGGGUCAGAGUUUUACCCUGGCCACCAUAAAAGGAGACGAGUACACCUUCACCUCCAACAAUGCGGAGGACAUCCGUGACCUGGUGGUCGCCUUCCUCGAGGGUCUGAGGAAGAGGUCCAAGUACGUGGUGGGACUGCUGGACUGUCCGAACCCUGCAGGGGCCGAUUCCCCCUUCCUGAGCUUCUCCAAGGGGGAUCUGAUCAUUCUGGACGAACACGACGGUGAGCAUGUGAUGAACUCUGGCUGGGCUCACGGCACCAACGACAGGACCAAACAGAGAGGCGACUUCCCUGCUGACUGCGUCUAUGUGCUGCCCACCAUCACCAGGCCACAGUACGACAUAGUGGCUCUCGUGACCAUGACUCCUGAUCAGAGGCGAGAGUCCAUCAGUUUGUCUCAGAUUAACCUUUCCGAGCAGGACAAAUCGAAAGCCUACACACUGGAGGAGUUCUCUUAUGACUACUUCAGGCCUCCUCCUAAGAGUACACUGAGCAGGGUGAUGAUCUCCAAAGCUCGAGGGAAGGAGCGCCUGUGGAGCUGCACCAGGGAGCCUCUAAAGCAGCCUCUCCUGAAGAAAGUCCUGGCUCACGAGGAGCUCUCCCAGGAGGCCUGUCUGGCCUUCAUAUCUGUGAUGAAGUAUAUGGGCGACUACCCGUCCAAACGAGCACGAUCCGUCAACGAACUCACCGAUCAGAUAUUUGAAGGAGCGCUGAAAGCCGAGCCGCUGAAAGAUGAGAUCUUCUGUCAGAUUCUCAAACAGCUCACAGACAACCACAUCAAGUACAGUGAGGAGAAGGGCUGGGAGCUGCUGUGGCUCUGCACCGGUUUGUUUCCUCCCAGUAACAUCCUGCUGCCUCACGUCCAGAAGUUCCUCCAGGCCAAGAAACACUAUCCGCUGGCUCCAGACUGCAUGCAGCGGCUACAGAAAGCCCUACGCAACGGAUCGAGAAAGUAUCCUCCUCACCUGGUGGAGGUGGAGGCCAUCCAGCACAAAACCACUCAGAUCUUCCACAAAGUUUACUUCCCUGAUGAUUCAGACGAGGUGUUUGAGGUGGAGUCGAGCACAAAGGCCAAAGACUUCUGCCACAACAUCUCUGGACGUCUUCUGCUCAAAUCUUCAGAGGGCUUCAGUCUUUUUGUCAAGAUCACUGACAAGGUCAUCAGCGUGCCGGACGGUGACUUCUUCUUCGACUUUGUGAGGCACCUGACUGAUUGGAUCAAAAAAGCCAGACAUGUAAAAGACGGUGGUGCAGCUGCGAUCCCUUCACUGACCUAUCAGGUGUUCUUCAUGAAGAAGCUGUGGACUAACACUGUGCCAGGAAAAGACUCCAUGGCCGACUCCAUCUUCCACUACUACCAAGAGCUGCCUAAGUAUCUGCGUGGUUACCACAAGUGCUCGAAGGAGGAGGUUCACCAGCUGGCGGCUCUGAUCUACAGGGUGAAGUUUGAGGAGGAUAAAUCUCACUUCCACAAUAUUUCCAAGAUCCUAAAGGACCUCGUGCCUCAGGACCAGAUGAGACAUCUGUCCCCAGACGACUGGAAGAGGUCCAUCAUGACACUGUUCAACAAGCAUUCAGGGAAGACUUGUGAAGAAGCCAAACUCUCCUUCCUCAAACUCAUCUACAAGUGGCCCACGUUCGGUUCUGCCUUCUUUGAAGUCAAGCAAACAACUGAUCCAAAUUAUCCCGAAACCCUCCUGAUAGCGAUCAACAAACACGGCGUCAGUCUGAUUGAUCCCAAGACAAAGGACAUCCUCACCACUCACCCCUUCACCAAGAUCUCCAACUGGAGCAGCGGCAACACGUACUUCCACAUCACCAUCGGAAACCUGGUCCGAGGCAGCAAGCUGCUCUGUGAGACUUCACUGGGCUACAAAAUGGACGACCUCCUGACCUCCUACAUCAGCCAGAUGUUGACCACCAUGACCAAACAACGAAGCUCUCGGGGGAACAGCAAGUGAGCGGACGGCUGGAAACUCAUCGAUCACGGUCAAUCAAUCCUGCACUCGCUCACAAAGCACACAGUUAACUGUGACGCCGUGACGUCCGACAUUGAUUCAUGUUAUAAUACACUGGCACUGUCUUAAAACUCACCCUUUGCCUUUAAAUGACCUUUCCCAAAGCACCACAUAUAACUCUUCAUAACUCUUCUACAGUUCUGUGGAGCUUCAGUACAACUAUUUCCUGACUUCUUCAGGCUGAAUUUAUUUUUCAAUAAUAAUAAUAAUACGAAGAAGAAAAAAAAAUCCAGGCCAGUAUUUUGUAAAUCUCUUAGAGCAAGAAAUCCAUUUGUUCAAUAAAACACUGGGUUCAUAAAUGUGUCAUUAUACUAGAGCACAAGGUAAGUUAUUAAAUGUCUUUGGUCGUAGCAACGCAUCAAUAUUGAAUUUACUACAAUUUAAGAAUAAGCGAAGCCAAUUUUAAAACAAAUAUUGUUGCGGAUAAAUGAAAACAAACUAAAAGACGCAAAAAUCCCUAAAAACAAAGUCGUCUUGUUUCUUUACAUUAGUCUUGUAAGUAGCUUCCUCGGAUCCUUAUUUAUGCUCUAGAGUUGUUCCAUGUUUGACAAAUCUACAUCUGAAUAAUGAAUCCUUUGGUUUGUGAAGUCAAUCUCUACUGUGAACAGUUACGAUCUGGAUUUAAAUGUAGCUUCAUACGUGUGCCACAAACGCCGUCUUUGUUUGUCUACCGUAGUUCUGUUCUCAGUCACGUGUACUGUAGACGGUGGGUGAUUUAAUUCUCAUUUGUCUUUUUUCUUUCUUUCUUUUUUUUUUUUUUUUUAAAUAUGUGGACACUUAGUGUUGAUUUCUAAGUCAUGAAUCAUAAGUGUUUUGGACUUUAAGAGGCAGUAAGUGUUUCAUCCACAAUGUGACCACAUAUCUUUGUGUAGCGAUGAAUAAAUGACAUUUUGCAAAGAGCA